ACACCAAAAACGUUGCCGGACAAAACUCCGCGGGGCGACAAAUUAGUCGAGAAUGCAAUUUACCCAAACCCUAAUGUCAUGCAAACGAUCGAACCCAUUUGCUGAAAUCGUCAGAUAAACUUGAUCUCUUCAGAAUCCGAAUCAUCGUCUUCGCUCGGAUCCCUUGGAAUGGACGAAGUAAUCACAGCAUCCGAUGCGGCGGUGGAUAGGCGAUUCGGAUCAUCUCAGCCGUCCGUUGUGCCCACCAACGUCCCUCUCCUCUCCGCUUUCCUCUCCUUCGCUCUCGCUCAGUUUCUCAAGGUCUUCACCACCUGGUUCAAGGAGAAGAAAUGGGAUACCAAAAAGAUACUUGCAUCUGGUGGAAUGCCAUCAUCACAUUCAGCAACUGUGAUGGCUCUGGCAGUUGCCAUUGGUCUACAAGAAGGAAUUAAGUCUCCUUUGCUUGCAGUUGCUCUUGUUCUUGCAUGUGUGGUCAUGUACGAUGCUACUGGAGUGAGACUUCAUGCCGGGCGUCAAGCUGAAUUGCUGAAUCAAAUCGUUUGUGAGCUACCUCCUGAUCAUCCUGUCUCCAAUUGCCGACCACUCAGGGACUCACUUGGCCAUACGCCCCUUCAGGUUGCUGCAGGUGCUUUGUUGGGGGUUUUUAUAGCACUUCUCGUUAGAAUUUCUAAUUGAGUGAGUGACAAAGGAAAGGAAAGAGCAUUGUUGAUAUGGAGAAAACUUUUAACCAUCUUGGAUCGGAUAUUUCACUUAUGAUUAACCAUCUUGGGACUCCUAAUUUACCUGUAUAAUUAAUUACCCUGUUUACAGAUUCGUAACAAGUUCUCAUCAGAAUUGUUACUUGAAAUCUAUACGUAUAGCGAGGAAAGUUCAGUACAAACAGACUGCUGUGUAACUAGGAUAAAGAAAUGUUCCAACCUUUUCUAUUUAGGGUAAGUACUUCUUC